AUGCCGCGCGUGCUCCCCCGCCUCCUCGACCGUCUUGCAAAAACGCCCUUCGCUGCGCGCGACAACGGCGGCGUCGACCCGUCCUUCGGACGGAACCCCAAGCGGCGCUGGCGCUACCCCUCAACAUCGCCCUUGCCUGCGCCGUCCUUCUCACCCGCCGGCCGCGCGCACUCCCUCCUGCUUGACGAUGCGGACCCGAUCUCGAACUCCAAGCUCUAUGUGCGGCAGAAACGCCCUCCACCCGCCGUGCGCGUGCACGCGAACCAGAAGCGCGAGAUCGUCGGCGCAGACGGGCGCACCCGACGUGUGGCGCCGCACCGGAUGAGCGCGCUCGAGCGCGAAUGGUGGUCGAAUCCGUAUCUCCGCAUGCUCGCGAGCCCCGUUCGCUGCUGCAUGAUGAGCGAUCGUUCUUUACCGAACGAUUUCCUCGUUCGCCUCGCGGCCGUGAGACUCCCGACACCGCGCGGCGCGCGAGAGGCGACGUUGCUCGUUCCCGACGGACUGCAGCAUCCCAGAUACACGAACAAACGCGUCGGCAAGGGGCGCUACGUCGUCUGCCGCGCGUCCGCGGUCGAUGCGCUCGGCGAGCGCGCCCACUACCGCCGGUACGCGCCCAACCUCUCGCACCACGCGCUCCUGGGGCGCCAGAUCGGGCACCUCCUCCGCCUCCGCGCGUUACAAGAGCUGCGCCUCCUCGCCGCCUCGCUGUCCCUUCGCCCGCGUGGGGCGCUGGACCACCCGCUCAUCCGUCGCCUGACGCGCGCCGAGUUCGACGAGCUGGCGAUCGCGGGGUCCGUGCCGUGGGAGGGCGCCGCGGCGGUGCUCGUCGUCCCGCCCGUGAACCGGGACAAGAACACGGGGAAGCGGCCGCGGCCGGAGGCGGGGAUGGCGCUGCUGCCGCUCGAGACGGAGGAGAUCACGGGCAGGAAGGCGUUGCCGCCGAGCGUGAUGUAUCAGGUGGUGGGGGACGGCGGCGACGGGGGGAUGACGCUCUCGAGGGCGGGCGUGCCGCUGUAUAACGGCGUGGCGAUGUUUCCGGAUCGGGAGCAGCGUGCGGCGCUGCAUCAGGCGUUGAGCGAGGUGUUGAAGGUCGAGCGGCGGGCGCGCUUUAAGGAGGAGGGUCGGCGGAGGAAGGUCGAGAGCGCUGCGGCGCAGGAGGACGCGACGGAGAAGGACACGACGCCGAAGGAGAAGAAGGAACGCGCAAAGGGGGGCGCGAAGAUGAGCCAUGCGUUUCUGAUAUGCUCGGACGCGGACACGCUGCUCCGUGCGGACGCGGUGCCGUUCUUGAUCGCGCUUUGGCGGGUCAGGAUGUGGGAAGGCGGCGGGUUCGAUGACAAUCCCCCGCCGAGCCAGUGGGAGGUCGCGAGGUAUACUCAGCCUCAAUCUCAGUGUUCAGGCGUAGCAUAGCAUAUUGGGAAGAGGAAGGCAUAAUAUUC